GGCGGGGCCCGCAGACUUGGGAGGGUGGAGGGUACCCGUUGAGGUCCAGGAGGCCCUGCCAACCUGGAGAGAGGCCUCAGCCAGCAGAACCCUUGGUGGAAGUUCUUGGGCCUCCCCGGAAUGGCCUGGCCGUCAAAGGAGAAGUGCAGUGCGCCUUGGGGAUGGGCGGGGUCUGCGGCUGACCCCGUUGACAGCUCGCAUUUAGGGCUGAGUGCAAUCUGGAGGACCGCCUGGUGGGGGCGCUGCCGAGCUGAAUCAGGCCCGAAGGUGGCUCUUUUCCGCCACAGACCCCAAGGUUUGCGUGCCAUGUGCAUAGGCAGCUUGGACAAACGUAAGGACACAGGAGUCCCAGACCAGGUUCCAGACAUGACGUUCUCCUUGAACCUCUGCCUCGGUGGGAUGUGUCCUCACCAUCCUCCUGUGGCCCUAGGUCUGGAGUGUGACCUGGCUCAGCACCUGGCCGGCCAGCAUCUGGCCAAGGCGCUGGUGGUGAAGGCGCUGAAGGCCUUUGUGCGGGACCCAGCCCCCACCAAGCCGCUGGUCCUCUCCCUGCACGGCUGGACCGGCACCGGCAAAUCCUAUGUCAGCUCCCUGCUGGCGCACUACCUCUUCCAGGGCGGCCUCCGCAGCCCCCGCGUGCACCACUUUUCUCCCGUCCUCCACUUCCCCCACCCCAGCCACAUCGAGCGCUACAAGAAGGAUCUGAAGAGCUGGGUCCAAGGGAACCUCACUGCCUGUGGCCGCUCCCUCUUCCUCUUCGAUGAGAUGGACAAGAUGCCCCCAGGCCUGAUGGAAGUCCUGCGGCCUUUCCUGGGCUCCUCCUGGGUGGUAUACGGGACCAAUUACCGCAAAGCCAUCUUCAUCUUCAUCAGCAACACGGGUGGCGAGCAGAUCAACCAGGUGGCAUUGGAGGCGUGGCGCAGCCGGCGGGACCGCGAGGAGAUCCUCCUGCAGGAGCUGGAGCCGGUCAUCUCCCGCGCGGUGCUGGACAACCCGCACCAUGGCUUCUCAAACUCGGGCAUCAUGGAAGAGCGCCUCCUAGACGCAGUGGUGCCCUUCCUCCCGCUCCAGCGGCACCACGUCCGGCACUGCGUGCUCAACGAGCUGGCCCAGCUGGGCCUGGAGCCAAGGGAUGAGGUUGUCCAGGCUGUGCUGGACAGCACCACCUUCUUCCCUGAAGACGAGCAGCUCUUCUCCUCCAACGGCUGCAAGACCGUGGCCUCCCGAAUCGCCUUCUUCCUCUGACUCUCUGAGUGGUGUCCUCGGCGCCCCUGAUGGCCAGGCCAUGCAGGAAAGGCCUGGGGCCUCUGUCACAGGAACCCAGAGCACCAAGUGAGAUGAACGGAGUGUCGGCUAGGCCACGGGACAGAUGGCCGGGAAGGGCCCUGGCCUCUAAACUGGCUCGAGAGCAUCUUGGCCCCGGCCACCUUCCCCAGGAAAACCCCUGGUCACCCCAGAACGUCACUGAGCCUUGACCUCCCCCUGCAGCCUGAGCCUUCUUACUGUGAAUUAUAACUCAGGGACUGUGGCUCGUGGCGGUGCUCCCUCCUCAGUCUGCCACCCUUGCCCCUUGCCUCCUUGGUUGGGCACCAUACCUCCUCCCCUCCACCCCACACCCUGUGUCCAUAUCAAGCCAGGUGGAGCCUUCUCAGUUUCCAGAAAUGGAGGGACUCAAGCUGCCACUUGGGCCUGGUUUUAGAUGUUUUUAAUUUUGUAAAAGAAGAGAACAAGUAUAAUAAACUCAGCUGUGGGACCAGA